ACAGGCGCCGCCCGGAGUGCGAUUGGUCGCUGGAGAUGUCAUUAACCGCAACAGCGUCGACACUAAUAUUUUGUUCACUCAGUGCAUCUCCCAACAGCAAAGCUCUCAGUCAGUCACUCACCACCAGCGGCUCAAUCCACUGCAGUGCCACAACGCCGAGGCUGAGAGCUGCAGCGCGUCUCUCAAGCAACGUUGGUACUCCCUCUCUCCCUCUCUCUCGUUAGCUCCAGUCGGAACAAGUUGGAACAGAAGAAGAAUAAACUUGACAGAAUGUCUUGUGACAGAACAGCCUUUGAAACUGCUGAGACGGAAGAGACCAUAACUUGUCUGAACAUCCAUAUCUACCAUCCACAGCCGACCGUGUUUCAGUCUCUCACUUUGGACAAGAAGUUGAAAUUCCGAACUGAUGAGGUGCUGAAGUUUGGACGUGACUCAAAUAUCUGUAAUUUUCCGUUAAUAGACAAACGGGCCUCACGAAUCCAGUUCAGCAUUCAGGCUGUUAGAUUCCUUGAAAGUACAGAACUUUGUUUUGAAAUUAAAAAUUUGAGCCUAAAGACUAAAAUCUCUGUGGAUUUUGCAAUCUUGAAUCACCUCAACAAGGUAGAGUUGUUAAGGAGGGGCCUGUUGCGGUUUGGUGAGUAUCAGCUUUGCUUGGAAAAAGAAGAUGGAGAAUCCAGAGAACAGUUUGAAAUCCUUUUCAAGUUGUCCCUCGUUCCACUGUAUUCAGAGAGAGUGGUGGAGUCUCUAAACAUUUCAGUUCCUGAAUCUGGCAUCUUGAACAAUGGAGGGAUUACAUCUUCUCUCAGUUCUUUGGCGAUUCCAGUGGAGAUGGAUGAAAAUGACUUAAAUAAACCAACUUAGUCUCAUAGCAACAGACGACAAAAUUUGCGAUAAGCCUUGGUCUGUGCUGAGUAGGCUGACCUCGGCUGGAGAUCAGUGUUCUAAAUGACCUGAGUGGGGCCAUCGUGUGCACAAAAUGGUGUACAUUAAAGGGUGUAUGUAUAAUGGCACAUUGGAGAAUCCCUGAGAUUAACAUGUAAACUGCUAGACAUAACGUUAUACAACAAAAUCUAAUAGUUGUCUAUUUAGUCUCUUUUAGUAUCCAAUAUAAUUUAAUUGGUAUUUAAUUGUAGUAAUGAGUGAUGAUAAUGAGAAAAAUAAUCGUUACAUUUGUUAUAGUGCCUUUCACGUAUGGAGGAUCUC